AAAAAUAUAUAAGAAGACGAAGAUGAAGAGAAGGAAGAAGAUCGUAAUGACCUUCCUUGACUGAACGUUCAAGGAGUAGGAGGUUCUUUGACACACUUGACGCACCAGGUGAAUUGUAACUUCUCAAGAACCCACGACUUUAGUUCUAAAGCAGAUAUCGUCGAGAACGCAUCUCCGUACAAUGUGUAACCGGUGACAUUCCGGUGACGUGUUUAUUUUUUGUGAACAAGAAUAUUUAACAUCACUUUUAUUUUUUACCCCCCCCCCUCACCACAUUUAAUAAUUUCCUGACAUGAUUAUUCCAUUUGUAAAGUGUGUGAAAAAAAUUUAUCAACAUGCACAUAAUAAAUUCAAACCAAACCACCAAUCACGCGUAACGAUGAAAACUACAUUCCUGGUCCACUUAGCGUGAAGAUGAAGUUGGAUAAAAAUCAUCAGGAAAUUAGAACAAAAAUUUCAAAACUACAUUCGUGAUUAUAGAUGCAUUAUUUUAACAUUAUCAAUUAGAAAAAUGUUUGAUAAUGUAAAUUAAAAAAAAAACUAACCACACAGACUCCAAUUCAAUUUAGUUUAAUUAGUGUAAAUUGUUAAUUUAUUUACCUAGUGCGUAACUAUUUAUUUCAAAUAUUUAUAUUUAGUUCGUAAUAAGAAUCAAAUUACAAAAAUAUUUAAAAAGAAAUUAGUCAAAUAUUUUAAUUGUAGGUAAUAAUUUUUUUGAAAUUUAAAAAAUUAAUUUUGUUGAGUAAUUUGAUUAAAGAGAAAAAAGUUAAUUAACAUCAAAUCAAAAAUGUCUAAAUAUAACGCUAUCCUUUUACUGUUGUGUAUCUCGGUCACGUUCGCGAGUUCCCAAUUCUUCAGUUUCUCGAAACUCAAGUCGUAUGCGAAGCUUUUCAAUGCUCGCGAUUUGCCGGUCAAUGAAACCGGAAAUGAAUUCUGGCAUGGACUUAUCAGAGACUGCAAAAAGAGGAUAACUUUCUCCUGUAUUCAAAAGAAUGCUUACACUUAUCUCGACAAUACAUUCACUGAACGUGAUAAUAUCACUGUAUUCGAUGGUUUUGUGUUAACGAAAAAUAAUUUAAAUUAUCAAACAUGUCAACGAAAAUCAAAUAUUGAUAGUGACCAUGAAAAUUUAGUGGAGAAUUCAAAUGAUGAUGAUGAUAAUGAUCUCAAUAAACGAAAAAUGGAAAAAAAAGAUGAUAAUGAUGAUAAUGAUAAAUGUGAAAAUAGUGAAGAAGCUCGUGAUUUUCAUGAAGAACCAAUAACGCCAUUGGAAGAAAUUACAAAUGCUCUUCGUGAAAAAGCUAUAAAAUUCUUAGCAACACGUGAUUAUGCGAUACAAAUGCCGGAACUUUUUUUUGAAGGAGCUAAUUUUAAAAUUAGCCCCCGUAAAAUUGACGCGAAUGGCGCACUUGUCAGAAUUGAUUUUGCACCAAAAAAUAUCGACAAUACAGGGCGACUUUUUUUCAAAAAAAUUAGGAAGGCAAUACAGAAUAAAUUGUUGAUGAGCUUCUUGGCCCUAUUGCUGAUAAUUAAGUUAAUUAAAUUGAAAUUCAUGUUCGUCAUUCCCUUCCUGUUUGGAGUAGGGGCAGCGAAAAAAUUAUUCCUGAAAUUAUUGCUGUUUUUGGUACCAGCAUUUGCUCACGUAUUUAAAUUAUGCUCGAGCUAUUACAGCAGUCCACACUCAAAACUACAACAUCAUCAUCAUCAUCAGGUGGCACAUCAUCAUCAUCAUGUACCAGUUCCAGUUCCCGUACCAGCAGCAAGUCCAAUUUACGUCGAUCAUCAUCCGCCACAUCACGAGGAGGAAUUUAGUGGUUAUGAUUAUGCACAUCCUCAUAUUCAAUAUCGUAAGGAUAUAGAGGAACUAAAGGAAUGGGGCAUCGAACCAUAUGAGGAGCCAAUUGAAGAGGUCAAUCAGCAUUUAGGUCCAAUUAGUCCAACGCCAUUGUCGCCCGUCUAUCCUGGACCAUAUGGUCCACAAUAUUCACCAAAUUCACGUAAUCAAGCUCAUAAUCUCGCAUACUCUGGCUAUUUGGAUGAAAUUAAACUCAAUAAACAACGUGCACAAGUGCAAUCAGCUGCUGCAAAUUUACCCCCUGGACCAAAUAUCAGACCGGUUUAUUCACCGGGACCACAGGCGAAUUCCCCAUCCGCACCAGUUGCAAUUCAAGUUGUUCAAAAUCCGCAAUCGAAUAUUGUGCCAUCAUCGACAAUUAAGGUGACGAAGAAGAAUCCUUAUGGAGUUUUUGCUCAACCAGUGCAACAAGUUCAGCAACAUUUGCAGCAACAGCAAUUGCAACAGCAGCAACAACAAUUGCAACAGCAGCAACAACAACAAUUACAACAGCAGCAGCAGCAACAACAACAGCUGCAUCAGCAAUUGCAGAAUCAGCAGACGAGAGUGGGUCAAGGUCAAAAGGUGGUGCAGUUAGCUAAACCACAGGGAUUACGUGCAGUUUAUGAUGACGAGUUUUAUGGGCCAAUUGUUGGCCGGCUAGACGAGAUCUUCGGACAACUGAGAUUCAUUGAGGAGAAUUGCAGGGAGAGGCUUGUUUGUAGUAUGUACAAGAACCCGGCGAUCUUUGCACCACACAGUAAUCUUGUGUCCAACGAGCUGUCCAGGGAUCCUCAAGAGCUGAAGCGUGGAAAUUCGGCCACAGUUUCCAGUCAAAGGUUUCAUCGCUAUCUUGGUGCAGCGAGAUUAGGACAGGACGGUGGAGAUUGCCUAAGAACGUAUUCAUGUCACAUAAAUACGGAAUAAAAAAAUUGUAAUAAUUUAAAAUAUCACUGUUUUCUCAAAAGAAGGAAUUUUUCUUCGUCCUUUUUUUUAAAUCAUAAAAAUGUCAAAAUCAAGAAAAAUAUUUUUUUUUGUAGAAAUACUGGAGAAAAUUAUUUUUUCCAUAACUGUAAAAUAUUUGGUUGUGAAACAACAUUCUUUUCUUCCGUUAAUCUUUGAAAUUCGAAAAAAAAU